AACAAUAGAUUUUUCUCUAAUUCCUCUCCACGCUUCUCAAGUGGUCUUCCGUCAAAAUGUAUUUUAAUCCUAGACUACCAAAAUAAUCUAUGUAAAAGAAGUGUGUUAUGUCGGCAGAGAAAGACUUUCACUAUAUCAACCAAAUGUGAUUUAGUAUUUACCCCAAGCCCGGCAUCUAUUACAAACUUUCUAAAAACCUAUGUACAACCUGAUGGAACCAUGCAAUGACAUAGAAGGUGGUGAUCAUCUAGUACAGUUGUCUAUGUUGUUGUCUAAGUUCUACACUGGCUACACAAAUGUUAUGCACGUUCAGAUUUAUUCUUGUUCAGAUGGGUAGACUGACAAUGCAUGGGCUAAAGCAUUCGGAUUAUAGUAGAGAAAUGCCUGGAAUUGACGCUGAUUUUCUAUGUACAUCACGGACGAAGAGAUCAAACAAUGGACCAUUGUUAUGUACUGUAAUUUGCUUACUCGACAUUAACUCUCGGUCCCGAACCACAGAUGCGUGUUUACUGCAACAUUAGCGUUCAAGGGGCAAUAUUUUGGUCCUGCCCAGUUCGAUGCUGAGCGAUUGAAGUGUCCCCAUGAUGUGACGUGCCAUCUGGGUGCUCCACUGACCUCAGUAAGCCUUGUGAAUGCAGGGUGAACCUCUGUGGGGACGAUACCGCAGCCAGGUUUAUGGGCCUCGAGGCCCAGAGCACAGCCAAACACAGAGGCCAUAAAGACUCAGACCACCAGAGGGAUGAACACCAGAUAUGUGCUUUGCUCAGCUGAGGCAGGUUAACCCCGGCUCUACGCUCUGAUAGGACCACCUGUCUCAGAUCUGUACCCUCCCCUGUGGUGCCCAGCCAACUGCACCCUCUCCCAGCCUGUUGGUCCCGCUCUAUCAGACAAAACACCUGUCACUCUCCCUUCCUCCCGCCCUCCGUUGGUUUCUGCCUCUGGGUUUGUUCCUGGACGGAUGGUGUCAUCAAUAGGAUGCCGUCACUGGGCUGUUCUCCUGGUCUGUGUGGUGGUUGAUUCUCAGUGGGAGGGAAAAAAAGGUUGCAUCAGCAUCCAUGGAGUAUCUGCCUCUUUACCGCACGCAGCUUGGUCAGGAGGUGCCUCUUUACCGCACACAGCUUGGUCAGGAGGUGCCUCUUUACCGCAUGCAGUUUGGUCAGGAGGUGCCUCUUUACCGCACGCAGCUUGGUCUGGAGGUGUUUCUUUACCGCACGCAGCUUUGUCAGGAGGUGCCUCUUUACCGCACGCAGCUUUGUCAGGAGGUGCCUCUUUUCCGCAUGCAGCUUGGUCUGUAGGUGCCUCUUUACCGCACACAGCUUUGUCAGGAGGUGCCUCUUUACUGCACGCUGCUUGGUCAGGAGGUGCCUCUUUUACAGCAUUCAGCUUUGUCAGGAGGUGCCUCUUUUACCGCAGGCAGCUUUGUCAGGAGGUGCCUCUUUACCGCAUGCAGCUUUGUCAGGAGGUGCCUCUUUACCGCAUGCAGUUUUGUCAGGAGGUGUCUCUUUACCGCACGCAGCUUGGUCUGGAGGUGUCUCUUUACCGCACGCAGCUUGGUCUGGAGGUGUCUCUUUACCGCACGCAGCUUUGUCUGGAGGUGCCUCUUUACCGCAUGCAGCUUUGUCAGGAGGUGCCUCUUUACCGCACGCAGCUUGGUCUGGAGGUGUCUCUUUACCGCACGCAGCUUUGUCUGGAGGUGCCACUUUACCGCACGCAGCUUUGUCAGGAGGUGCCUCUUUACCGCACGCAGCUUUGUCAGGAGGUGAAUCUUUACAACACGCAGCUUUGUCUGGAGGUGCCUCUUUACCGCACGCAGCUUGGUCUGGAGGUGUGUCUUUACCGCACGCAGCUUGGUCUGGAGGUGCCUCUUUACCACACACAGCUUUGUCUGGAGGUUCCUCUUUACCGCACGCAGCUUUGUCAGGAGGUGCCUCUUUACCACACGCAGCUUGGUCAGUAGGUGUCUCUUUACCGCACGCAGCUUUGUCAGGAGAUGCCUCUUUACCGCACACAGCUUGGUCUGGAGGUGCCUCUUUACCGCACGCAGCUUGGUCAGGAGGUGCCUCUUUACCGCACGCAGCUUGGUCUGGAGGUGCCUCUUUACCGCACGCAGCUUGGUCAGGAGGUGCCUCUUUACCGCACACAGCUUGGUCAGGAGGUGCCUCUUUACCCCACACACAGCUCAGUGGGGAGGUGCCUCUUUACCCCACACACAGCUCAGUGGGGAGGUGACUCUUACCCCACACACACAACCUGUGAGGAGGAGCAGGGCCAUUUCAGUGCUCCCCUCUUGUCCUGGUGGAAUGUGGAGAGGGAUGGGGGGGCUGAAUGCGAGGCGGGUCCUGAGAGAUGAGCCUGUCCCUGGGCAGUGAGAGGGAACUGACUGCCUGGCAGAGCUCAUUAUGACUGUGCUGGGGUUAACACUACAGGAAACAAUAGGGCGAGUGGCCUGGGGCCUGAGGGGCCGAGAUAGACAUGACAGAGGGCAGACGGAGCUCAUUAGCUGCCUCCAGUGGAACCUCUCCUGGUUCUCUGAGGCGAACCAGCCAUCCGAGAGACAACAGACCUGAGGGAAAACUGAACCGUCCGCUGGGUCUGAGCACUAUACAUCGGCUCCAGCCCACACAGCAAAAGCCUGGGCAGAGCAAUGGUAGAUCAGGUGGACAUGAAGGGAGUGGGACUGAGACCUGACCGUUUUACCAGGACACUCAGGUGAAGGGAGUGGGACUGAGACCUGACCGUUUUACCAGGACACUCAGGUGAAGGGAGUGGGACUGAGACCUGACCGUUUUACCAGGACACUCAGGUGAAGGGAGUGGGACUGAGACCUGACCGUUUUACCAGGACACUCAGGUGAAGGGAGUGGGACUGAGACCUGAACGUUUUACCAGGACACUCAGGUGAAGGGAGUGGGACUGAGACCUGACCGUUUUACCAGGACACUCAGGUUAAGGGAGCGGGACUGAGACCUGACCGUUUUACCAGGACACUCAGGUUAAGGAAGCGGGACUGAGACCUGACCGUUUUACCAGGACACUCAGGUUAAGGGAGUGGGACUGAGACCUGACCGUUUUACCAGGACACUCAGGUGAAGGGAGUGGGACUGAGACCUGACCGUUUUACCAGGACACUCAGGUGAAGGGAGUGGGACUGAGACCUGACCGUUUUACCAGGACACUCAGGUUAAGGGAGUGGGACUGAGACCUGACCGUUUUACCAGGACACUCAGGUUAAGGGAGUGGGACUGAGACCUGACCGUUUUACCAGGACACUCAGGUGAAGGGAGUGGGACUGAGACCUGACCGUUUUACCAGGACACUCAGGUGAAGGGAGUGGGACUGAGACCUGAACGUUUUACCAGGACACUCAGGUGAAGGGAGUGGGACUGAGACCUGAACGUUUUACCAGGACACUCAGGUGAAGGGAGUGGGACUGAGACCUGAACGUUUUACCAGGACACUCAGGUGAAGGGAGUGGGACUGAGACCUGAACGUUUUACCAGGACACUCAGGUUAAGGGAGCGGGACUGAGACCUGACCGUUUUACCAGGACACUCAGGUGAAGGGAGCGGGACUGAGACCUGACCGUUUUACCAGGACACUCAGGUUAAGGGAGCGGGACUGAGACCUGACCGUUUUACCAGGACACUCAGGUGAAGGGAGUGGGACUGAGACCUGACCGUUUUACCAGGGCACUCCGGUGCCGAUACGGUACAUAUUGCGGUUCUCUUUAUUUUCACUAUUCUAGAUGUAUUGCAGUAGGAUACGGUGAUUUUAUUGCGAUUUGAUGUUGCAAACAUAUUGCUCAGCAGAUGUCUGCUGCAGAGGGAAAUGAGUGAGCAGUAAAAAAUAGUUUUGAUCAUUCAUGGAAUGUAAAGUGGUAAAAAAAAAAAAUUGGUCCCCUGAUUAAGGAGAAGACAUAGAAUGAAGCUAUGGAUGAGAAAUGCUUGUGGUACAGGUACAACCAACUACAGCAGAAAUACCAUUGUGAUUAAGUGCAAACAAUGUGUUAUAUUGUCAAACAAAGCAUCUUGAUAUGUAACUGUAGCAAUGUUUUUACCCAUCACUAGAAGGUGUUAUGCUCCAUUACGCUUGCCUGACUACCCAUAUUUCUUGAUCCUGUCACCAAACGCUACACCAAGGCCACUGAUGCUGGGUUGGGCUAGAGCUAGAACAGACAUGAGAAAAUCAACAUUUAUAAAAUGUCACUGUGUUUGGUUAGACAUGACCCAACUGCCUUUGACCUUGUUCUGUACAAACACCCCUCAUAAUUUGGCAUCACUGAAACAAACACAAUGGAAAUAGUCUCAGACUGAAAUGUAGUGAAUGACCGUGCAGGAGGGGUUUGAUUCAUCAGGCAACAAGUAGUUUCUUUUGAAGUUACUUUGAAGUAGCUAUUUGGGUCAAGCUUUCUCUUUACAGCCUCAAAUACUAGAGAGAGAGAACUGGGUAUGGUAGUGAACUUAAAAAUAAGGGAAUUUAUUUUUACCAGACAUUUACAUAACAUAACAAAACAGUAAGCUAUUUUUUUUCUGCUUGUCUGUGUUCCCUGGUAUAAGUUCAGAAGGAAUCCAUUAGUUUCCCAGAAGUCCAGAGUGAGUGAGAGGAGUACCGUGUGACAACAUUUUGGGUGGCAUCUUCCAUAACAAGUGUCUCC